CUUUAUCCGAGCCUAAUUUAAUGGUGUCCGUUUACUGAAUUGGAAUUAAUUUGCAAGUCUCAGUUUGGAGUCUUGAUGUUAGCUUCAGCAGGGAGGCAAAAGGCAUUUUCAGGUCAGGGUUGAGCCAUGUCCUACAUUGCCCGCCCGCGGUGUGCCGUUUUGAACGGACGACUCCUUAGCAGCACACGGUCCGUAUAGUUUGGUUUCCGUCGCCGCCGCUUCUGUCCAGAAUGGAGAGGAGCGCCGAGCGCAUGGAUUGGGGUCCCGUCUUCUCCGUGCGGAUACGUUGACCCGCUCGGUUCACUCUGCGCUGGCAGCGGGGCUGGGGAGGGCUCGAGACUGCCGGAGCCGAGCGGGGGAGAGGGCAGGAUGCUGGUUCCCUUGGUACUGUGUGCAACUCUCAUGAUAGGAAGUGGUGAAAUUCAAGAUGAUGAAUGGAUUGACCCCACAGACAUGCUCAAUUAUGAUGCAGCAUCAGGAACAAUGAGAAGACCUGCCAAGGUAAAUUAUGAUGACUCAGAGAAUAGGGAGGAACCAGAUGCUGUUGUGAACUUGCCAAGCACUGCAGCAGUAUCAGAGUGCCAUAGGAAAUUAGAAUCCUUAAUUCAGAAGAUUGAAGAGUAUGAGAAGAAAGAGAAGACCAAGUUAAGUGAAAGCCAUAGCAUUUAUGUUUUUAGGAGAUACUUGAAUAAGAUUUUAAUUGAAGCUGGAAGACUUGGCCUUCCUGAUGAAAACAUUGGUGAUGUGCAUUAUGAUGCUGAGAUCAUCCUUACAAGUCAGGCUCUUUUGGAGAUCAACAGAUUUCUCAAUGAGGAGGACUGGAAAUCAGGCGCUUUGGAUGAUGCAGUUAAUAAUAUUCUGAUUAAUUUUAAACAUCAUGAUUUUGAAGUUUGGAAAUGGAGGUUUGAGGACACAUUUGGAAUUGAUCCAUAUAAUUUGCUUAUGGUACUCUUGUGUUUGUUAUGCAUUACAGUAACUGUAGCUACUGAGCUAUGGACACACAUUGGUUGGUAUACUCAGGUAAAACGCAUUUUAUUCAUCAGUUUUCUCAUGAGUUGUGGAUGGAACUGGAUCUACUUAUAUAAGAUAGCCUUUGCACAGCAUCAAGCUGAAGUGGCCAGAAUGGGAAAUUAUGACACAGUAUGUGAUAAGAAGAUAGACUGGAGCGAGAGUCUUUUUGAAUGGUUGAGAAGUUCAUGGACAUUUCAGGAUGAUCCUUGUCAGAAAUACUAUGAAACAAUACUAGUAAAUCCCAUUUGGCUAGUCCCCCCAACAAAGGUAUUGGCUGUUACAUUUACCAAUUUUGUAACAGAACCAUUGAAACAUAUAGGGAAAGGAAUUGGUGAAUUUAUUAAAGCCCUUAUGAAGGAGAUACCAAUGAUGCUACAGAUUCCAGUGUUAAUCAUCCUAGCUGUGGCUGUUCUGGGUUUCUGCUAUGGUGCAGGAAGAUCAGUUGCUACGCUGAAACAUUUAACAGGUCCUGACCGGAAACCAUCUCCUUCACUUCCUUCAAGUGACAGACAGCACUGGGAACAAAUACAUUAUAGUGCAGGUGAUUCAGAUUCCAAUUACAGAAGGAAUGUUGGUGCCAUCAGUGGAGGACCUCAUGACAGAGGAGAUGAUCACAUGAGACUUCAAAAUGGCAACAGAAGCUCUGAAGUUCUGCUGCCAGGUGGUACACCAAAUGCACAAAGAGAAGAGCAUUACAAGUGUGGAUUGCACCCUGUGUCUCAAGAUCAAACAAUUUUUAGAGUGAAAACCAAUGUAGAUCAAAACUGUGAUAGAGAGAUUGCACUUGAAGAGCAGAAACUGUGCACGCUUGGAGUUGAACAAGAGUCUGAAAAGAAUUGUGAACCUCAAGCAAGUUGUAGCUUAAAAAAGGAGAAAACAAAUAAGCAAAACUCAGUUGAGAAACCAGGAGAUCUUGAAAAGACGGAAAAGGGCAGUCUCUCUCGAUUAAUGGAAGGCACAGAGGAAACUAAAGAACCUUUGAACUCUACUGGUUUGUGCUAUGGUGCAGGAAAAUCGGUUGCUACAUUAAGAGAUUUUAAAAGUCCUGAGAAGGAACCAUCUCCUUCACUUCCUUCAAGUGACAGACAGCACUGGGAACAAAUACAUUAUAGUGCAGGUGAUUCAGAUGCCAAUUACAGAGAGAAUGUUGGUCCCCUCAGUAGAGCACCUUAUGACAGAGGAGAUCUCUCAGAGAGAGAGGCUCACAUGAGACUUCAAAAUAGCUACAGAUGUCCUGAAGUUCUGCUGGCCGGUGAUAUACCAGAUGCACAAAGAGAAGAGCAUCACAAGGUAGCAUCCAGUGAACAAAAUCAGCAACCUACUAUUGAAGAUCUUCCAGGAACCCCUUAGUUCCCUGGUUUUAUCUUCCUGAUGCAAUGGAACCCCAGUGUAGAUGGGGUGGAAGAUGCUGCUGCAGCUGUCAUUCUGCUCUUCUCCUGGAAACAGCAUCUCUGAUCGUCCAUCCUGUUGCUUUGAAACCGG